AUGUCGUGGAACCUGCAGUACCGCACCUCCAAGUUCCGCCAUGUGUAUGGCAGACCAGCCAGUAAGGAAAAAUGCUAUGACUGCGUGCCCAUCACCCACAAUGUCCACGACAACCAGUUCUGCGCUGUAAACCCCCACUUCAUUGCGGUGGUGACUGAGUGUGUGUGCGGGGGGGCCUUUGCUGUCAUUCCCAUACACCAGACAGGCAAGCUCGACCCACAUUAUCCCAGAAUAUGGGGGCACAGAGGGAAUGUUCUGGACAUCAAGUGGAACCCAUUCAAUGACUUUGUUAUAGCUUCGUGUUCAGAAGAUGCCACAGUGAAAAUCUGGGAGAUCCCCAAGCCCUUGCUCACAAAAACCAUUACCAGUCCGAAGAAGGAACUUGUUGGGCAUGUUCGAAGAGUUGGUCUCAUUGAAUGGCAUCCCACUGCUAAUAACAUCCUCUUCAGCUCUGGGUAUGACUACAAGAUAAUGAUCUGGAACCUUGACACCACGAAGACUGUCAUCUCAAACCCAGUGAAGAUCCUCAAUGCUCACAGAGAUGUGGUCCUUUCUAUGUCAUUCAACACAGAUGGCAGUCUCCUUGCCACAGCCUGUAGGGACAGAAAGAUACGUCUGAUAGACCCUCGUGCAGGAACAGUCCUACAGGAAGCCAGCUACAACUCUCACAAAGCCAAUAAAGUCUUGUUCCUUGGAAACAUGAAAAAACUGAUCUCUACUGGAAUAUCUCGGUGGAAUAAUAGGCAAAUUGCAUUAUGGGACCAAGAUGACCUUUCUGUGCCUUUAUUGGAGGAGGAUCUGGAUGGCUCCUCUGGAAUCCUGUUUCCCUUCUACGACUCAGACACACACAUGCUUUAUGUGGUGGGAAAGGGUGAUGGAAAUAUACGGUACUACGAGAUAAGCCCUGAGAAACCAUACAUGUACUACCUGAUGGAAUAUCGUUCUCAUUUACCACAGAAGGGAAUGGGAAUGAUGCCAAAGAGAGGCCUUGAAGUGUCAGCUUGUGAAAUCUUCCGUUUCUACAAACUGAUACCUACUAAAAACAUGAUUGAGCCCAUCUCCAUGAUUGUGCCUCGACGGUCGGAGUCAUACCAGGAAGACAUCUACCCCUUGACCACAGCAGCCCAGCCAGCACUUACAGCACAAGAGUGGCUGAAUGGAAUUAACAAAGGACCUCUCUUGGUAUCCUUGAGACCAGGCUCUGGAGUUGUGAAUUCCUUACCACAGCUUCCUGAGACAGAGCCACCUGCAAAGACUGAUGACCUGAGCCAGCACCAGGGCUGGGGAGGAAGGAUGCCGCUGGAGGAUGUGCAGGAGCCAAAUGAGACUGAACAUAGAAGAAAACUUCCCAGAGUGGAGGAGAAAUUGCCAAAAAAUGAGCAAAUGUGUCUCUCCAGUAGCUUUGACAUAUUUGAGUGCCCACCACCCAAAACAGAAAAUGAGCUUUUGCAGAUGUUUUACCGACAACAGGAAGAAAUCCGUAGACUACGUGAGCUGGUAAACCAGAGAGAUGUUCAAAUUAAACAGAUGAAGCUGGAAAGUGGAAACUUCUCUAUGGACACAGACAGUUACUGAGGGUGCUGGCCUCCAGCUCUUGGCACCCCUGGCAACUGCAGCAGAAUCCUGUUUCUGUGGAUGACUACUCCUAGUGUUUUUGCUGGGGGGAAAACGAUGCGUCAGGCAGCAUGGACUUCCCUGGCUUGUGGUGGUUGUAUUUCCCUAAUCAUCACCAAACAGUUACUGAUGGAAUUGCUGUGCUUCUCCAGGCUCCCCUUGCUCGCAAGCUCACUUGUGUCAGAAGCUCAUGCAUUAAUGCUAGUGAGAGACUUCGGAAAAUCUUGCUCUUUGGAUCCUGGAGAUCCUCUAGGAACAACCUGUAUUGCUGUUCCUCCACAUGACAUCAAGAUGGGACGCUGAAGGCAGCUACCAGCUUCUUUUCCCACUCCUGGACUCAGCAGUGUGGCUCCUGUGGCUGCUGUCCUCCUCCCCUGGGAGACCACUCUGCAACUGAGCUUCACAGGCACCUCUAGCCCCCAAGUGAUCCUCAAGCACCACAGUUGCCUCAUGGCUUGGCCCUAAACCUGGGUGGCUGGGCAAAGCAAUAGCUGCCCUUACUUGGAGAUAGUCCUGCUCUAAGCGGGAGGCUGCACUGGGGCUCGCGCGUGCUGGCACUUUUGUGAUAGAUAAAGGAGAGUUGAUGUUUGAAGGUUCUACUGUUAAAAGGGUGGUGGUGUGGGCUGAUUGUCACCAGAAAAGCUUCAGGUGCAGCAGAGGUCUCUGGGUCCUUUGAGUCAGUGGCUUUCUGUCCCUCCUUCUGCCAAAUACCAGUGACAGUCAGCUGGGGGCCCAUGAUGCUGCAGUGGUCAUCAGGCAAAUUAGAACAACAUUUAAAGCUGCAGUGUUGAGCACACUUGCUCAAAGGUCUGGUGUCAGCUACACGAGGAGC